AUGGCCAAAACUACAAAGAAAAAACCUGCAACAAAACCAGAUCCAUCAAAGGAUAUUUUUGCAGCAAAGAAGGUUGCUGCAAGUAAAAAAGUUACUGCAGUCAAGAAAUCUCCUGCAACCAAGAAAUCUCAUGCGGCCAAGGUGACUCCUAAAGCCAAGAAAGUUUCUGCAAAUACAAAGCAAUCUCCAAUUGAAGGAACAAAGAAAAAGGUAAAAUCUGAAGUGAAAGAUAGAAAUUAUGAACCAGAAGAAGAUCAUAAUGAGGAUUCUGAUGGUUCAUCAGAAGAAGACAGAAAAAAGGGAAAAGCUCAUUUAAAGAAAAAAAAAUGA